GUAUCAAAGAGUAGGCGGGCUCAGAGAGUCACGUGCGGGCCCGCCCACUCCCUUCUCUCAAUUUCUACCGUUGACAGACUGUGAACGAAUAAACAAAGACGAAUCUUUCUCUCACAGAAAUGAUCCCAAUUCAUAAUAAAAAGCUCAAUAAUAAAUACAACACCGAAAAAACCGAUAUGGCAACACAUUCUCUCUGUCUCUCUGUGUUUCGCAGAGUGCCAAAUCUACCAAACCCUAGCUCCAUGUGAUGUGAUCCUCCCAAUAUAGAAAUCGCUCUUUACAAUUUCGGGACUACGUGAAGAUUUCCAGGUGCUGAUUUUGUCAAUCCUUUUAUCAGGCUGAUAAUUGUACUUGCUUUGUUAACCAAGAUUAUAGGCUAGAUAUUUAGCACCCUGAGAUGGGUGGCUCUGCGAUUUUACUGAUAUCAAUGUAUCAUAAUUAAAGUAACUCCUUGUGAUGAUUCCAGGGGUUCCGGCAGUUUAAGUAAAUAAAUGGUCAAAGUUACUCUGUAGAGUACUGGUGGAUUGAGAAUCGUGAGCUUGUUUCAGCUCUUCUAAAUGGGUGACUCUUUGAAUAGUUCUCAAUUGAGCGGAAGCUCUGAAGCAACUAGUGCCGUACCUGAGAAAAAGGUGUAUAAAGGAAGUUUAGUUGCUUCUUGCCAUAGAGCUUCUCCACGGAAUGCUUUUAGGCACAUAGCUUCAGUAAGCCAUGGUAUAUUUGGAAGUGAUGCAGUCAGUCAUGCAGCAGUGUUUUUACUCAAAGUUGCUGCAUUGGAGACAGUACGGAGGUUCUCGAUGGCCAAAUGUCCAUUUGCAUGGCAUGGUCUUCAGACUCUGCAAAUUCUUUGCUAUCCACCAUUUAAGUGGAUUCAAAGAUGGGCUCCCUUCAAGAAUUUGGUGGGAGGCAUGCAGGCACUGUCAAGGCCUAUUCUAGUCCUUUCAAUUGCAACAGUUUUCUCUGAUCAAUUUGAGUGUAGCAGUGGAACCUCAGAUGGUGUCGGUGAUUCUCAUACACAUUCAGAACAGCAUUUGGAGCAGUCCUCUGAACAGUCUAAUCUAGAUACAAGGACUUCUGAUGGAUCUUCUCAAAGUUUGGCAUCUGAAACUUGGUUGAUACAACUAUAUAAGGAGCUUGAAAUUCGAGGGAUUACUUUGCCAGAAAGAAUUAAUGAAGAUGAGCUCCAUAGAUUUUACAGUGCCGCUAAUGGUGACUUUACAUGCUUGCUCUCAUCAAUUAAGAAGACAAUCCGCUGGAGGGAGACUUAUGGAAUUCUUUCAGCACAAGAACUUGAGGUUUGGUCGGAUAUGGUUUUUUGGCAUGGAUAUGAUGUGAGGCAUCAACCUUGUCUCAUAGUACGGCUCGGACUUGCUUGUGCCACCUUGAAAUCUCAUGACAAACCUCGCUUUGCUCAAGCAAUCAUAUCUCAGAUAGAGCAUGGAGUCUUGCGUUUAGUUGAUUCAGAAAAUUCGAAAAUUACAGUUUUGGUGGAUUGUGAAGGGCUAUCUCCUUUGAAAAUUCCAAUGCAAAUGUUGAGAUCCUGUUCUUACCUUCUGCAAGACCACUUCCCAAACCGUCUUGGCUGUUUGUUUGUUAUUCGUCUUCCUCCAGUUGUUCGUGUUAUUGCUAAAACUUUUAUUCAAGUUCUAAAGCCCAUCACUCGGAAAAAGUUGAAAAUUGUAGGGGAGAUGUACAAGAAGGUUCUCUCUGAUUACCUUCAAGAAUUACCAUCAUAUCUUGAUGGUAAAUGCACAUGCACAAAAUGUUCAACCAUCAGCAUCUGUUUUAGGCAGCAGCCUCUUACAAAUAAGAUGAACAAGUUUGAGCAUAUCGCAGUUGUUAGUGAUGGUGAGGAUCCACCUGCACCGUAUCUAGCUGAUGGGAUUGAUAUGCACCUAAAUGGUAACUGUGACCAGGUGUUGAGGACUGCCAUAAUAAGCAUGCUCAUGUUGUGGGUUUUCAUAGCAGUUAUUGCUGGCUUAUAUGAUCCUGAAAGCCGUCCCAUGCCUCAUUGAGGUAAGAGUGGACCAACCUUUUCAUUUCUAUUGGCCCUUUGUUCUUCCUUAAGGUAGAUAUAUGUGUGUUAUACAAUCCGCCUUUUACAAGAUUUUGGUUGCUUUCUUUAUAAUUAUUUGAUAGCUGUAGUGCCUUAUAUAAUAUUCUCUGUAAUCAGAUGUAAUUUUUUUCAUAGAGCAAAUAGCUGUUAGCUUCUUUCCCUUU